AUGUCCUCUCCAGACGCCAGGCCGAGGGCCGACACCAAAAAGGUGCACAUCACCGAGACCAAGAUGACCUUGAAGAACUGGUACAAGCACGUCAACUGGCUGAACGUCACUUUUAUUCUCGGCGUGCCCAUGUGCGGCCUCAUCCAGUCGCUGUGGGUGCCUCUGCAGCUCAAGACUGCUAUCUGGGCUGUUGUCUACUACUUUUACACCGGUCUCGGCAUUACUGCUGGAUACCAUCGUCUCUGGGCUCACUCGUCCUACUCGGCUACCCUGCCGCUUAAAAUAUUCCUCGGUGCCGCUGGUGGUGGUGCUGUUCAGGGCUCCAUCCGCUGGUGGUCGCGCGGCCACCGUGCUCACCACCGCUACACCGACACUGAAAAGGACCCCUACUCGGUGCGCAAGGGUCUCCUGUACUCUCACUUGGGCUGGAUGGUCAUGAAGCAAAACCCCAAGCGCAUUGGCCGAACCGACAUUACCGAUCUCAACAACGACCCUGUCGUGGUCUGGCAGCACCGCAACUACAUCAAGGUUGUUAUCACCAUGGCCCUGCUCUUCCCUACUCUUGUGGCCGGCUUCGGCUGGGGUGACUGGCUUGGCGGUUUUGUCUAUGCCGGUAUCCUGCGUGUCUUCUUCGUGCAGCAGGCUACCUUCUGCGUCAACUCGCUGGCCCACUGGCUCGGCGACCAGCCCUUUGACGACCGCAACUCUCCUCGUGACCACGUCAUUACUGCUCUUGUCACGCUCGGCGAGGGAUACCACAACUUCCACCACGAGUUCCCCUCGGACUACCGCAACGCGAUCGAAUGGCACCAGUACGACCCAACCAAGUGGUUCAUCUGGAUCUGCAAGCAGCUCGGCGUGGCCUACGACCUCAAGCAGUUCCGCUCCAACGAAAUCGAAAAGGGUCGUAUCCAACAACUGCAAAAGAAGCUCGACCAGAACCGUGGCAAGCUCGACUGGGGCACGCCUCUGGACCAGCUGCCCGUCAUGGAAUGGGACGACUAUGUGGAACAAGCCAAGAACGGCCGUGGCCUGGUUGCCAUUGCUGGUGUUGUCCACGACGUGACCGACUUUAUCAAGGACCACCCCGGUGGCAAGGCGAUGAUUUCUUCCGGGCUGGGCAAGGACGCCACCGCCAUGUUUAACGGUGGUGUGUACUACCACUCCAACGCAGCCCACAACCUGCUGUCGACGAUGCGCGUGGGCGUUAUCCGUGGUGGCUGCGAGGUUGAGAUCUGGAAGCGCUCGCAAAAGGAAAACUCCAAUGUCGACUAUGUGCGCGACGCCAAUGGCAACCGCAUUGUGCGUGCCGGCGAGCAGGUGACCAAGAUCCCUGAGCCUAUUGCGACUGCUGCAGCUGCAGGUGACUCGUCCUCCGCCAACCAUCCACCGUCAACACGUCAGUCAAGCUGGAUGCAACAGUCCCGCUCCGCCACCACCGCGACUCUCCCCCGCCUUCUCUUCUCGUCUCUCGCGCUGCUCGUCCUGAGCAUCUCCAUCAUCCUGGCUCUCCCUCGUUUCUCUGUGUCCGCCAGGCUUAGCGCGCUGGUGCAGCACGUCACUCUACCUUCAGUAUCAACAUUAUCAACACAAUUCAGUCGAAAAGUAACAACAUCCAGCAUGGCGCCCGCCAUCUUCAAACAACCGCCCCAGGCACCACCCCUCUUCGUCGCAACCCCUACCUCCAUCGUCGACGACACAAAACGCAUGAUUGCACAGUCCCGCAAGAUCCAGGACCAAGUCGCCGGCAGCGUGACCGCCCAAAGCGCCAACUUUGCGUCUGCGUUACUCCCGCUUGCGCACGAUGAGAAUGCCAUGACGCUCGAGGCGCACAUCUUGGGGUUUUAUCAGGCUGUCUCGACCGACCAAAAACUGAGAGAUGCGUCGAGCGAGGCCGAGAAGCUGAUGGAUGAUUUUGGCAUUGAGACGGCCAUGCGCGAGGAUUUGUAUCAGUUGGUGGAUGCCGCGUUGAAAAAGAAUGAACCGCUGGAUCCAGAGUCGCAGCGGUUGUUGGAAAAGGAGCACAAGGAUUAUAUCCGCAAUGGAUUGGGUCUCCCCGCGGGACCGCAAAGGGAUCGGUUCAAGGAGAUUAAGAAGCGGUUGAGUCAGUUGGGUAUUGAGUUUCAAAAAAACCUCAAUGAAGAGAAUGGCGGCAUUUGGUUUUUGCCUGCCGAGUUGGAUGGUGUGCCCGAGGAUGUGCUGUCGGGUCUUGAAAAGGGUUCCGGGGAGAAUGAGGGCAAAUUGAGGUUGUCGUUCAAGUAUCCGGAUCUAUUCCCCACGCUCAAAUAUGCGAAAAACGCCGAGACGCGCAAGCGGGUGUCGAUUGGAAAUGAAAACAAAUGCAACCAGAACAUCCCGCUGUUCAAAGAGGCCAUGGUGCUGCGUGACGAAGCUGCCCGGCUGUUGGGGUAUCCGAACCACGCAGCGUUCCGCAUUGAGGACAAGAUGGCCAAGACGACCGAGACGGUAGAUACCUUCCUGGGUGAUUUGCGAUCUCGACUGGCGGCUGGUGGUCUGAAAGAAAUCGAGAAGCUCAAGCAGCUGAAAAAGACGGAUAUUGAGUCUCGCGGCGAGACCUUUGAUGGCCACUAUUUCCUCUGGGACCACCGCUUCUACGACCGUCUGAUGCUGGAGAAGGAGUAUCAGCUGGACCACCAGAAGAUUGCCGAGUUCUUCCCCUUGCAAACAACCAUACGCGGCAUGCUGGAGAUUUUUGAAGAGUUGUUUGGACUGGUCUUUGUCGAGGUUACCGGGGACGACCGCAGCAAGAUUUCCACGACGGGCAAGGGCGAAGAUAUUGUCUGGCACGAGGAUGUGCAGCUGUUUAGCGUGUGGAAUGACGCCUCGGAGGGCGAGGGGUUUGUUGGAUAUCUGUAUUUGGACCUGCAUCCCCGCGAGGGAAAAUACGGCCACGCGGCCAACUUUAACCUGCAGCCUGGCUUCAUCGACGCCAACGGAAACCGCCGAUACCCAGCCACAGCGCUGGUGUGCAACUUUUCCAAACCCACAGCGAAAAAGCCGAGUCUGCUGAAACACGAGGAAGUCGUGACACUAUUCCACGAACUGGGCCACGGCAUCCACGACCUCGUAGCCAAGACGACAUACUCGCGCUUCCACGGCACCAACACAGUCCGCGACUUUGUCGAGGCGCCCAGCCAGAUGCUGGAGAACUGGUGCUGGACACCGUCACAACUAAAGUCACUGAGCCGACACUACUCGACUCUGUCCGAGGAGUACCGCAAGGCAUGGCAGGAGUCUUCUGGGUCGGAGACGCCAACAGUGUCAGAGCGCAUCCCCGACGAAUUUAUUGACAGUCUGAUCCGCACAAAACACGUCAACGACGCGCUGUUCAACCUGCGCCAGCUACACUUUGGCAUCUUCGACAUGACGAUGCACGAGCCCGCGUCGCACGCAGCUAUUGAAGCGCUCGACCCGACGACAACAUACAACUCGCUCCGCCGCGAGAUCUCGCAGAUCGAGGGUCCCGAGGCGCUGGGCCAGGGGUAUGACUGGGGACAUGGCCAGGCGACGUUUGGCCAUUUGAUGGGCGGGUACGAUGCUGGCUACUACGGAUACUUGAGCUCCCAGGUCUAUUCCACAGACAUGUUCUACACCGUCUUCAAAGCAAACCCAAUGGACCCAGCCCAGGGCCGACGCUACCGUCACACCGUGCUCGAAAAGGGCGGUAGCCAGGAGGAGAUGCGCACGCUGGCUGAGUUUUUGGGCCGUGAGCCAAAGACUGAGGCGUUUUACAAGGAGUUGGGCCUGGCUUAUACGAUAUCAACUGAACCAAACGCAAUCAAGCCGAAUAAAACAAAACCCUACAAAAUGUCCGACCACGAACACCACACUGAAUCUUCCCCCGAAACCCUCCUCCCCGCCAACCACGACCAACACGACCAACAACCAGCACAAAACGCGCAAAAGAAGAGAAAAGACAUAAAAACAUUCCACUGCCGCUACUGCUCGCAUCUUUUGCUUGCCUCGACGCGACCAAUACUAUCGGCGACGACACCGCUGGCACGACGUGGUGGCGCGGCGCGCGAUCGGGCUUUGAUUCUGGAUAUUCCUGCGAGGAUACGGCCUGCCACCACGACCACUCCUACCGGUACUACUACUACGUCAGUUCAGCGUGAAAAUGGAGGAAUAGUAGGGUCGUCAGAGGAUACGCAGAUGGCAGACGGCGAAGCAGCAGCAGGGAAUAACACAGCCCAACCCUCGCAAACCUCGAUAGAAAAAGAAGCACACUACACAAUCCCGCUCGCAACGCUGCUGCCAGACAACAAGCCCGUAAUCAUCCGACGAGACGACGGAUUCGAGAAACGCAUUCUUUUCAAAUGUGGGCGGUGUCGCGUUGUGGUUGGGUAUGAGAUUGUGCCAAACAAACCCAAAGAAGAACAAGACGAAGAGGAAAGGGUGAUGUAUCUACUGCCCGGCUCUCUCGUCGGCACAGAGGAUUUACAAGAGCAGGGCUCUGCUAUAGAGACGAAUACGGUGCUCAAGCAAAUGGAAGCCGAGUGGGCGCAGUGGGUUGCUGUAUAA